UCUGACAUUAAUUACAUUGAACGAACAAAGCGGCCUGCGUGGGUCUGUAUGCGAUGCUUGAAGCAAAAAUAGUUGCAUAAAUUCUUUACAAUAUUCGAAACCAAGUGCUAAUUUGUUAAUAAGCUUACGCGACAGUGUUAGUUGCAUUUGAUUGCUACCGGUUUCAAUACCGGGGAAACGGUACGCUCGAUCUCGGCGAGCGUUGUUGUGUGUUUGUGCAGUGUGCAACCCAAUCCAAACGGCAGCCAUUUUCUAUCGCAGAGGCAAGCCACAGUGAAACUCAGCAAAGCGGUGUUCAAGUGUGUACGCUAUGAAUGGAUCGAUGAUUUUCUGAAAUUCGGACGGGUAGAGCGUAGUGGUACAUCGCGACUGCUUGAAAUCUUGCGUGUAAUAACCGUAUAUCAAUGGCUAGUCCGACGCCCCAGAACAGUCCAAUGCCUCCACCGCAAGCACCAUCCCAGAGCCCUGCACCGUCACCUUCACCACACAGUCCCUACCAGCAGGCACCUCCACCGCCGCAUCCCGGCCAAAGUCAGGUACCGUCACAUAUGCCAACGCCCGGUCAUCAUGUACCGCCGCAGCCAGGACCUCCGCCCGGGCCCCAUAUGCCGAUGCAAGUACCUCCUUCACCCCACGGAACACAACCACCAAACCCUCAUGGGCCACCGCCGCCCCAGCACCCGUCACACAUGAACGGACCACCGCCGGGCCCACCCGGUGCUCCAGGACAUGGACCCGGGGGACCACCGCAUCAUAUGCCCCCAACCGGACCCCAACAUAUGCCGCAACAUCCACCCCAUCCGGUAAUGGGGCACUCGGUUCCACCCCAUCCCGGUAUGGCUGGACAUCCGGGACAAGGUCCACCGUUGCCACCAGGAAUGGUACCUGGAGGAUAUCCGGGCCAUUCGAUGCCCCCAAACGCGGGACCUCCUCCACCAGGACCCAUGCAAGGAGUUGGUGGACCAGGACCGGGACAAGCAAUGCCGCCCGGAGCAUCCAACCCUGGAAUGAUGCCGGGAGCGGCUCCACCACCCCCACCACCAGGUCAGGAAAAUUUAAACGCACUACAAAGGGCCAUUGACUCCAUGGAAGAGAAAGGAUUGCAAGAAGAUCCGCGCUAUUCCCAGCUGCUAGCACUGCGCGCUAAUUCCAAGCAACAGAAUCUAAACGCACCACAACUCCACCAACUCCGUGGUCAAAUCAUGGCAUACCGCUUGCUGGUGCGUCAUCAGCCAAUAAGCAAACAUUUGGCGUCACAGAUUUUAGCCCAACGAGCCGAUGGUACGCCUCCGCAGUGUCCUACUCCUCCGGCCAGUCCGUACCCGAACGCAGCGGGAGGACCUUCACCACAACCGGGAAUGGUACCGCAGGCAGCGCAGCAACAGCCGCAACCACCGCCACAUCAACAGCAGGGGCCCCAGCAACAGCAAGGGCAACAACAACCACAAGGACCGCCUCAAGGUCCGAAUCAUCCUGGAGGGCCGCAGCCCGUAAUGCAGGGCCCACCAGGCAAGCAGGGAGCACCGGGUGCUCAAGAUGCUAUCGGUUCCAACAAACCACCGAUCGGAACCGGCGGCGGGAUGCCACCGAAUCAAAGCCCCAUGCCUGGCAUGGCAAUGGGCGGUGGUCCGCCGCAAGUCGGGCACGGUCAACACGGCGCACAUCCGCAACAACAGCAACAGCAAUCUCAUUCGGCAGGUGCUUCACACGUACACCCGCAACAACAACAGCAGCAGCAGCAGCAAAUGUUGUCUACCGUAGGACAACCGGCCCGACCCAGCUCGCAAGGACCUGCGGGCGGUCCGGGCCCGAGACCUGCAGCCCAAGCACCGACGAUGCAACCGAUGCCGAAGCAAAACCGCGUCACCACCGUCGCAAAACCAGCCGGACUGGAUCCGUUAACCAUACUGCAGGAGCGCGAGAAUCGUCUGGCCGCCCGGAUAGCGCUUCGGUUAGAGGAGCUUAACAAUCUACCCGCCUCCAUGCCGGAAGAUUUGCGUAUGAAAGCGUUGAUAGAGCUGCGAGCUCUGCGAGUUCUCAACUUUCAGCGCCAGCUGAGGAGUGAAAUCGUCCAAUGUACACGCCGCGAUACGACCCUCGAAACUGCGGUCAACGUAAAGGCGUAUAAACGCACCAAGCGGCAAGGUUUGCGCGAAGCACGUGCCACGGAGAAGUUAGAGAAGCAGCAGAAACUGGAAGCCGAGCGCAAGCGACGCCAGAAGCAUCAGGAGUUCUUGGCCUCGGUAUUGCAACAUGGUAAAGAUUUCAAGGACUAUCACCGCAACAACAUCGCCAAGUUGGGUCGGCUCAAUAAGGGCAUUAUGAACUAUCAUGCAAACGCGGAACGGGAACAGAAGAAGGAGCAGGAACGCAUCGAGAAGGAACGUAUGCGACGCCUGAUGGCGGAAGAUGAGGAAGGUUACCGUAAGCUGAUCGAUCAGAAGAAGGACAAACGGUUGGCGUUCCUGCUUUCGCAGACCGACGAGUACAUUAGCAAUCUUACCGAGAUGGUUAAACAGCACAAGGUGGAUCAGAAGAAGAAGCAGGACGAUGAGAUACAGCGCAAGAAGCAGCUGAAGCGCCACAUUCUGGAGAGCGGAGACAUCGAGCAUUUGGACGAGCACUGCGAGGCAUCGGAUUGCCGUGUAACGGUGAUGGAAACGGCCACCGGCAAGAUGAUUUCCGGCGAUGAUGCACCGUUCCUGCGCGAUCUGCACGGAUGGCUGCAGUUGCACCCGGGCUGGGAGUACGUCAUAUCCGACGGUGAUGCAGAUGACGAUGAGGAAGAGUCGGAGGGUGGUAAAAAGAAAACGCGUGAGCAGGAGUUGAGCGACGAUGCCAAGACGAAGGAAGUGAUCCAGAAGGCGAAGGUCGAGGAUGACGAGUACAAGACGGAGGAGCAGACGUACUACAGCAUUGCGCACACCGUGCACGAGAAGGUGACCGAGCAAGCAUCGAUACUGGUGAACGGAAAGCUAAAGGAGUACCAGAUCAAGGGUCUCGAGUGGUUGGUAUCGCUGUUCAACAACAACCUCAACGGCAUAUUGGCCGAUGAAAUGGGUCUCGGCAAAACGAUCCAAACGAUCGCCCUCGUCACCUAUCUGAUGGAGAAGAAGAAAAACAACGGCCCGUACUUGGUGAUUGUGCCGCUGUCGACCCUUUCCAACUGGGUGCUGGAGUUUGAAAAGUGGGCCCCGGCCGUCGGUGUCGUUGCGUACAAGGGAUCCCCGGCCGGGCGUCGUGCCGUGCAAAAUCAGAUGAAAGCGACCAAGUUCAAUGUUCUGCUAACGACGUACGAAUACGUGAUCAAGGAUAAGGCGGUGUUGGCCAAAAUUUCCUGGAAGUACAUGAUCAUCGACGAGGGUCACCGCAUGAAGAACCAUCACUGCAAGCUGACACAGGUGCUCAACACACACUACAAUGCACCGCACCGGUUGCUGCUUACCGGAACACCGCUUCAGAACAAGCUGCCAGAGCUGUGGGCGCUGCUAAACUUUUUGCUACCCUCCAUCUUCAAGUCCUGCUCCACGUUCGAGCAGUGGUUCAACGCGCCGUUUGCCACCACGGGCGAAAAGGUGGAACUGAACGAGGAGGAAACAAUCCUUAUCAUCCGCCGUUUGCAUAAGGUGCUGCGUCCGUUCCUGUUGCGACGUUUGAAGAAGGAGGUCGAAUCGCAGCUGCCGGACAAGGUGGAGUACAUCAUCAAGUGCGACAUGUCCGGGUUGCAGCGCGUGCUGUACAAACACAUGCAGAGCAAGGGUGUGCUGCUGACCGACGGUUCGGAGAAGGGCAACAAGGGCAAGGGCGGUGCGAAGGCUCUGAUGAACACGAUCGUCCAGCUGCGCAAGCUCUGCAACCAUCCGUUCAUGUUCCAGCAUAUAGAGGAAAAAUAUUGCGAUCAUAUUGGUGUGCAGGGGACGGUUACGGGACCGGAUCUGUACCGUGCGUCGGGCAAAUUUGAGCUGCUCGAUCGUAUCCUACCCAAGCUGAAGGCUACCGGUCACCGUGUGCUGCUGUUCUGUCAAAUGACCCAAUGCAUGACGAUUAUCGAGGAUUACCUGUCGUGGCGUGGGUUUGGGUAUUUGCGGCUGGACGGUACCACCAAAUCGGAAGAGCGUGGUGAUUUGCUGAAGAAGUUCAAUUCGAAAAAUUCCGACUACUUUCUGUUCCUGCUUUCCACCCGUGCCGGUGGGUUGGGGUUGAAUCUGCAGACCGCCGACACGGUCGUUAUUUUCGAUUCCGAUUGGAAUCCGCAUCAAGAUUUGCAGGCACAGGAUCGUGCGCAUCGUAUCGGGCAACGGAACGAGGUGCGCGUGCUGCGGCUCAUGACAGUGAAUUCGGUCGAGGAGCGUAUCCUGGCGGCCGCACGCUACAAGCUCAACAUGGACGAAAAGGUCAUUCAGGCCGGUAUGUUCGAUCAAAAGUCGACCGGUAGCGAACGGCAACAAUUCCUGCAAAGCAUUCUGCACCAGGACGAGAUGGACGAGGAGGAAGAAAACGAGGUGCCGGACGAUGAGAUGAUUAAUCUAAUGAUUUCUCGCAACGAUGAUGAGCUAGAGCUGUUCAAGAAGAUGGAUGCGGAGCGAAAGGCGGAGGAGGUGAAGCCUCGGCUGCUGGACGAAGGCGAACUGCCGGACUGGUUGACGAAGGACGAUGAGGAGGUAGACCGGUGGGAUUACGAAGAAGAGACAUCGAUUCUUGGCCGUGGUUCGCGUCAGCGCAAGGAAGUCGAUUACACCGACAGCCUGACCGAGAAGGAGUGGCUUAAGGCGAUCGACGAUGGGGCCGACUUUGACGAGGAGCUCGAGGAGGAGGAGCGUGAGAAGAAGCGUAAGGGCCGCAAGCGAAAGGGCAGAGGUAGAGGUGACGAUUCGGACGACGAGAGCAUUGUGUCGACGAUGACGAAACGCAAGAAGGGUAUCACCGAUCCGAAGAUACGGAAGCAGAUGAAGAAGGUGCUGAAGGCGGUAAUCAAGUACACCGAUGCGGAUGGACGCGUGCUGAGCAAACCGUUCCUGAAGCUGCCGUCGCGACGCGAUCUGCCAGAUUACUACGAGGUGAUAAAGAAACCGAUCGACAUCAAGAAGAUACUGGCGCGCAUCGAGGAAGCGAAAUAUGUCGAUUUCGCCGACCUGGAGAACGAUUUCUUCUUGCUGUGUCAAAAUGCACAGACCUACAACGAGGAGGCGUCACUGAUCUACGAGGACAGUCUCGAGCUGCAGUCGGUGUUUAGCAAUGCAAAGGCGAAGAUCUUGGACGCGCACGAGGAAGAGGAGUCCAACGAAGAAGAGGAAGAUGAGUCGGAUGAGGAGGGUGGCAGCGUGAAGAUGAAACUUAAAAUUUCGAAAGGAUCCACAUCGUCCAGCUCAUCGGCGAAGAAAGCGACUCCGGUUCGGAGGAAACGCGCGCAGAAGAAAUAUACCAUCUCGGACGAUGACGACGACAUUGACUAGAGAGAGAGAGAUAGUGCGACCAUAGGUGGGGAAAAUAUUUGUAUAGAUUUUAUCGUUUCAGUGACAAAUGGCGGCAAGAAAAAGGGAUGUGGCAUGCAUCACGGAUGGUAUAACCAAUAUGAAUACCGUACGCUGUGCUUUGGUAUUAGAUUUAACGACAAACCCAUUUAAACUGUGUCGCGAAUACUAUCGUUAUCGUAUAAUUUAUCCUUUGAAUUCCUUUGAAUCCAAACACAAUGUCCCACACAGUAGAAAUAAAAGUAAAGAAACAUUAAAACCAACGUUUAGCACAACUUUGUGCUUCCACCAUACAGGGGAUCUUAACAACAAGGAUCACUCUAGGACUCAUUACUGCGCGAGACGAGACCUAUCCACAAAGGCAAGUCCUUAAUGGGGAAGAAUAAUUUAUUAGCUCUGUGUUAUUGUGUAGCUAGUACAUGCGUAUCAUUUGUGUCGAGUGAAGAUAACAUUCGGGAAAUUGGGUUUUUCUUUUCCUUUGCGCUCUUUUCCUCUCUUUCUCUGAUAAGAAAUGGUGGCCCAUUGCCAUGCUAUUAUAUUAAUAUUCUUAUUAGACAUACUACUGCAAGUCGUUUCUAGUAACAUUAAUAUGUGUAAUGUAAUCAACAAUUAAAA